CUUCCCCUGGCAGCACGUUCCCUCAGCACUCCGCCCCUCUGUUCUUCCAUAAGCUACAUUCUCAAACUUAUCAUCACGUGCACGCACAAACCUUUCAAAAGCCCACCCACCCCACGAUCGCUGGUGACGAUUACCCCCGUGAAGUCGUCGACAACCCAACACCGCCAAAAUGAGACCUAUCCUUCUUUCGGGCCAUGAACGUGCCCUGACGCAGAUCAAAUUCAACCCCGACGGCGACCUUCUCUUCUCCGUAUCCAAGGACCAACAGAUCUGUGUUUGGUUUUCUCACAAUGGCGAACGUCUCGGGACCUAUAAGGGGCACCAGGGUGCUAUCUGGACAGUCGAUGUUGAUCCUACCUCCACCAUGAUUGCAAGCGGUAGCGCCGACAACACCAUGCGGUUGUGGGAGAUCAAGACCGGUCGCCUGCUUAAGACAUGGGACUUUCCGACUGCCGUCAAACGUGUUGAAUUCAGCCCUGACGGUCGUCAACUACUGGGUGUUACCGAGAAGCGCAUGGGUCACCUGGGUACGAUCGUGGUUCUCCCCGUUGUUCUAGAUGUCGAGGCCGAACAGAGCGACGAACGAGAUUUGACUAUCGUCUGCGAUGAGAGCAAGGCCACCGUGGCUGGAUGGAGUUAUCUUUCCAAGUAUAUCAUUGCUGGACACGAGGAUGGCUCAGUUUCCCAGUACGAUGCGAAGACUGGCGAAUUACUCGAUAACAUCCCUAUCCACGAACUAAACAUGCAGGUGACGGAUCUUCAAUGGUCCCCAGACCGGACUUGCUUCAUCACAGCGUCAAAGGACAAGACUGCCAGGUUGUUGGCUGCUCGUGAUCUCGAACUUCUCAAGACAUACCCAGCCGACACACCCUUAAACAGCGCAUGCAUUACUCCUAAAAAAGACUACGUAAUUUUGGGUGGUGGUCAGGCCGCCAUGGAUGUCACAACCACUGCUGCGCGUCAGGGUAAAUUCGAAGCCCGAUUUUACCACAAAAUCUUCGAGGAUGAGAUCGGUCGUGUAAGAGGUCACUUUGGACCCCUGAAUACUGUAGCAGCAGACCCUACAGGCAAGGGCUAUGCAAGUGGCGGAGAGGACGGUUACGUGCGAGUACACCACUUUGACAAGGGCUACUUCGACUUCAUGUACGAAGUUGAGCGGGAGCGACAAAACAGACUAUAGACCUGGUUCUAAUCGAUUUGUUGAUGGCGAAAGCUUGCUCGGCGUUCUCAUUUUUUGAAGCAUCGCAUUUGAUGGAGGCUUAGGCGUUUGAGGGUACCGGUUUGUUUCGGGAUAAAAGAAGAAGCGCCGCUUUGGCUGAGCGGAAGCGCUCAAAUAGGUAUUGUCUUGCUUAUAAUGAAUUAUACCUGUGAAGUCUCAAGCACGCAUAUUAAAUCUUUUAGUAGAUUAUUGUGUAGACAGCCGCUUCCCACGACUUGUAA